AUGAAUGAUAUACCAGAUGAAUUAAUACUAAACUGGGAUCAGACCCCUCUUCGUUUAGUACCAACUGGUGAUUGGACAAUGCACAAAUCAGGAGAGAAACUAGUGCCAAUUGCCAAACUAGAUGAUAAAAGACAAAUCACAGGUGUCUUUGCUGUGUCAUUAGCAGGCACUUACUUGCCACCUCAGUUAAUCUAUACUGGAAAAACGGAGCGAUGUCAUCCAAAAAGAAAGAUGCCUGAUGGGUGGGAUAUUUGGCAUUCUGAAAACCACUGGGCAAAUGAAGAGACUACAAAGAGAUACAUUACUAAACUCAUUCUUCCGUAUAUCGAUUUUAUAAGAGAGAAGUUAAAAUUAGAGAAGACACACACUGCACUGGUGCUAUAUGAUGUGUUUAAAGGUCAGACAACACCAGCUAUAAAGAGGUUGCUUGCUGAUAACCACAUAUCAGUUGUAACAAUACCACCUAAUUGCACAGACAAACUGCAGCCACUUGAUAUCUCUAUAAACAAGCCAUUUAAAGAUGCUCUCAAAGCACAGUUUCAUUUGUGGUAUGCAAAUGAAGUACAAAAGCAAUUGAAUAAUGGGUCAUUAGACGACAUUAAUAUUGAUACAUCAAUGACAGCAAUCAAAGGUUUGAGUGCAAGUUGGAUUAUACAUGCAUGGGAUAGUAUUGAGCAGCGACCUGAUAUGGCUAUUAGUGGCUUUGAUAAAGCUGGAAUUAAGAGUGCAUUAAUAAGUUUAAGAGAUUAA